AUGAUACAACGGUUGACCACUCCAUCCACUUUGUCUUCAUCCUCUCCGAAUUGUGAUUCAAUUCCUUCAUCAUCAGCAACACCCCCACUCCAUGAUGAUGGAUCCAUAACCGCCUCCACUUCUUCAACUAUGUCCAUGAAUAAUUUUCAAAAUUAUAAUAAUUAUAAUAAUAAUUGGAAUCCGAACUCGGGAAUGAACUUUUCAUCAUCAUUUUCAGGAGGAGUAGGCUCAUCCUCUUCUUCGUUGCUGGAAUCUCAACAAGAUCCUGAUAGAAAUAAGAGUUAUUACAACAAUUUACGAGAAAAUCCCGAUCAAUUAAAACAUUUACCAACGUUACAUCAUUUGGAUACUCCAACGUUGAGCAGUGAUGGUUUUGGAUCUUUUAUUUCCGAAGACGAUGAGGACAAUGAAGAGGAAUUUUUGUGCCAAACCGAUGGAGAGUCGCAACAUGAACAAAUUAUUUUCAUUAAUGACAUGAGACAAGUUUCAGAGAAUGGAGGUUCAUCAUGCUUGCCAAGCACUCAACAACACAACAAGUACACGACAACGACAAUGGAAACCUCAACGAGUGAAGAUUUGUCGUCACAACAGCAUGACACAUUUACUCUUUCCAAAAUACCACGAAAGAAAAACAAGUAUUUAACCAUUGAUUCUGUUCAAGAUUUUUAUUCAUCAGGAUUUAAUCCAUUGGAUGUGAGACAAAUCUAUGCAGAAAAUUGGAUUGUUAAAUAUUCUUCUCAUAUUGCAAGUACCAUACCGUCACACGUAGGAAAGAAAUCAUCAACAUGCGUUCAAAAAAAGAAAAAACUCAACCAUUCCGAAGAACCUGAAAUUCCCUUCCACCUGAUCAAGCAAUGCUUGUACUGUACAGAACUCAAAUUGAAUGGCAACAAGAUGCGAAUGAUUGAGACAAGUCUCUUGGCACCUUUGACCCAUUUGAGAGAAUUGAAUAUUUCCAAUAAUCGAAUCACGUUUGGAAAAUUACCCAAUGAUGUGUUUUCAUCGCUGAAUCGACUCACUAAAUUAUGGAUGGAUGGAAUGGGAUUGAAGAAAUUACCAACUUCUCUCAAUUCUUUAACCGAACUAAAAUACUUGUCCAUGUCCAAUAACAAACUCACUACUUUUAAUUUAUUGAAUGAUGAAAUUGGAAAACCAAAAACAUUAUGGAAUCAUUUAACUCAUUUAGAAUAUUUAAAUUUAGCAGGAAAUAGGUUGAACAGAUUUCCAAAACAAAUUUGCAAUUGUAAAAUGUUAGAAAUUUUAAUUUUGUCAAAUAAUCGAAUUAUUGCGGAAUUGCCAGAAGAGAUUGAGAAUUUAAGCAAAUUGAACACUUUAUUUUUGAACGGAAACAAAAUAUCUGCAUUGGAAAUUCACAGAAAUAUGGAACGACUAGAAUCCCUUGCUCAUUUAGAAUUGGGUCAUAAUCCAAAUAUUCACACCAUCCCUCCACCCAUUUUUCACAUUUCCAAAUUGGAAUCGCUCUCUUUGAAUCAAGUACCAUUCACUUAUUUAUCAGAUGAAAUUGGAAAAUUGAAGAAUCUCACAUGUUUGGAUUUGUAUGGCUCCAAAAUUACAACAUUACCUAUGGCUAUUGCUGAAUUGACCAAUUUACGAGAAUUGGAUUUACGAUACUGUCGAGGAAUUCGAGAAUUCCCAAAAGCUCUAUUUGGACAGCCCGUACAAAGUAGUACCAUUUCACAUAUAUCCCCAUUGACUCGUUUAAUACGUUUGAGUAUGAGUUCAACCUUGAUUGAAUCGGUGCCUGAAGAAAUUUCAUGUCUCACUGGUCUUCAAACACUCCUUCUGAAUGAUUGCCCACUGUUAGCUGAAAUUAAUGGAAUUGAAAAAUUGGUAAAUUUAGUGGAGUUGGAUGUGAGCAAUUGCAUUUCAUUGGCAGAACCUCCGGAAGAUGUUUGUGAGAAGGGACUUUUUGCCAUUCGAGAGUAUUUGAGAGCCAAGAAUGAAAAGCCAUCGUUUUUCUCGGCAUUAUUUGGCUCUGUGUUUAGCAGUCAAAAAAAGGAAAAGUCACCAUCAUCAAGUCCAAAAGUCUAUGCAACAAGUGCAGAAGCAACUGAUGGUGGCGAAAAGAUGUCACCUCUUUUGGAAAUUGAGCAUAAGGAAAUUCUUGUAGCACCAUCAACCGCGAGCAUCAAUGGAGGCAAUUUGAAAUCAUCACAAGCUGCCGGCACCGAGAGCGAUGACGAUGAUGUCUUUGAUGAUGACUUGGAGGGUAACAAGAAAAAGGAGUCAACCAGUACACUCAAGUCAUUAUUUUCAUUUUGGAAAUAA